UAUGUUUGUAUGUGCAUUUUAAUAAAACAUCUUCAAUCUGGUGAUUCUAAUCUCGCAGAAGUUGUCCACAGAAGUGAAACCGCGUAGCAACGUGGAUACACUACUUCAACAAAAAAAGAGAAAAAGGCAGCAAAAGCUCGAAGAAGAAACGAGAAGCGAGUGGCAAGGCGUUCCGACCAAAAAUAGAAAAGCGGCACGAGGGGAGUCGUUGAGUGUCAGCGCCAAAGUAGCGUUCCAUGUGAGUUUCUUUGCCGAUCUGGUAGUUCGUGUCCAAGUAUGCCACGCGUGAUGAGAUCCUCUCUGAAGAGCCGAGAUUCGUCCUCGACAUCGACCGGGGUUGAUCCUCGAGAACGCGUUAAGGAUUGUUGCCGAAAGUUGGUGGCUUUCAUGUGCACCCAAGUGGGUGUAGGUGGAUUAGUAGUAGGCUACGCUAUAGUGGGCGCAUUCGGCUUUAUGAUGAUCGAGACUACCCAGAUCGAUCAGCCAGAGACGGUGUGCGUGCGGGAGGUUAUUCGCAGGGAGUACGCCGACGAGUUGUGGUUUAGCACUGCCAGCAAUCAAUCAGUGAACGUGUUCAACCACACUACUUUUUAUGUGGUAUCCAAUAGUAUCCUACGCCGUUAUCAAGAGAACAUCACCAACGGGGUGCGACAGAAGCUGAACUGCAGCGGCCUCAAACCCAUCGACAUCUGGUCAUUUCCGGCGGCGUUGAUGUUCUGCCUGUCAAUAUUCACUAUGAUCGGCUAUGGGAGUCUGGUGCCCAAGACCCAGUGGGGCAAGGUUGCUACCGUAAUAUACGCGGUGCUUGGCAUCCCGCUUUACGUGCUUUACUUCCUAAACAUGGGCAGCGUGCUUGCGCAAACUUUUAAAUGGCUGUAUACACGAUUGCAUGAAUGCACUGGCCAACGGAAACCUGGACAGAGAAUUACUGUACCUUCGACCGCUUGUCUCUGGGUGAUAUUCGGCUACAUUCUCGCUGGCGCGAUCAUGUUCGCCGAGUGGGAAGGGUGGGACUAUCUAGACAGUGCUUAUUUCUGCGUUACAUCGCUCUGCAAAAUCGGUAUGGGCGAUUUCGUGCCAGGCUGGAGUCAGAGCGAUUCCACGCAGGAUAGCCAGACGAAGCUCAUCAUCAAUUUCGUGUACUUACUGCUGGGUAUGGGUCUGAUAGCUAUGUGUUACAAUCUGAUGAAGGAGGAUGUAUAUGUAAAGGCUCGAGAGCUCAAGGAACAGCUUACUCAAGCGAUGGACGCUGCUCAUUAUAAGAUAGUGACAUGUUGCAAGUCGGAACCUAUUGACUGAAAACUCAGAAAAAGAUCGCGAAGUGCAUUAUUGCAGUUGUAAAUAAUGCCAAAAUAUAAUUAUGUAAGGAAACUAGCGCUAAUAAAUUAAGAACUAUUUGUUAAAGUUUUGUUAGAAAAGAAAUUAAAAGCAGCGAAAAACAUAAAAAACUAUAUAAACAUAGAAAAAAGCAAUAUUGUAUCGGAAGUAAAAACGUGCUAUACAUAAACGUAACUUAUUUUUGUUAUUUUAUUAACGUAAAUGUUAUCAUAAUUGCAGAUUAAUUAAACAGUAUUAAAAUGAUGCUUUCGAUUUAUUCAUUGAUAAUUACACAUAUCUAUAGCUCGAUAAUUCAA